CAGGUACAGGCAACAUGUCCAGAACCCUGAAGAAGAAGAAACAUUGGUCCGGUAAGGUGGUGGAGUGCGCGGUGUCGUGGGGCAACCUGGGCGACUUUGGCUCCGUGGUGGAGGUCCUGGGGGGCGCCGAGUUGGGCCAGUUCCCGCACCUAGGUCAGAUGAAGCUGGACGUGCUGGUGUGCCACGUCGGGAAACUGCCCUACUACGGCGACGUGCUGCUGGAGGUGAACGGGACGCCCGUCAGUGGACUUACCAACCGGGACACGCUGGCCGUCAUUCGGCACUUUCGGGAGCCGGUUCGCUUGAAGACAGUCAAACCUGGCAAAGUAUUGAACACGGACUUACGUCACUACCUCAGUCUGCAGUUUCAGAAGGGCUCGGUGGAUCACAAGCUCCAGCAAAUCAUCCGGGACAACCUCUACCUGCGCACCAUCCCAUGCACCACCAGGCUCCCUCGGGACAGAGAGGUGCCUGGUGUGGACUACAACUUUAUCAGCCUGGGGGACUUCCGGAUCCUGGAGGAGAGCGGCCUUCUUCUGGAGAGCGGCACCUAUGAUGGCAACUUCUACGGGACCCCAAAACCCCCGGCGGAGCCCAACCUUGUGCAGCCUGACUUGGUAGACCAGGUCCUGUUCGAUGAAGACUUUGGUGGAGACCUCCCCCGAAAGCGCACCACCUCAGUCAGCAAGAUGGACCGCAAGGACAGCGCCGUGCCCGAGGAGGAGGACGAUGACGAGAGGCCACCGCUGGUCAACGGCUUGCCUGAGCACAAAGCUGACUGGAGGCGAGCCGUGCCCAGCUACGCCCAGUCCAGCAGCACCAUGGACUUCCGCACGUGGAGCUCGCUUCCCCGCGAUGACAGCCUGGAGCCGCUUCCGCUCAACUGGGAGAUGGCUUACACUGAAACGGGCAUGGUCUACUUCAUCGAUCAUAACACCAAGACAACCACCUGGUUGGAUCCCCGCUUGGCCAAAAAGGCAAAACCCGCCGAGAAGUGCGAGGAUGGAGAAUUACCUUACGGCUGGGAGGAAAUUGACGACCCACAGUACGGCACAUACUACGUAGACCACAUUAACCAGAAAACCCAGUUUGAGAACCCAGUCCUGGAGGCCAAGAAGAGGCUCAGCCAGGGGACGGCCACCAUCCAGAAGGCUGCCAUGUCUCAUGGUAAGAGCAGCGUGCCUGGCUUCACUGCUAACCCGAAUCAACUGAAGGGCGACAUGUACCGCACGGCGCUGAAGAAGAGCUCGCAGGGCUUUGGCUUCACUAUCAUUGGGGGCGACCGCACCGACGAAUUUCUGCAAGUGAAGAACGUCUUCAGUGACGGCCCCGCCGCCAACGACAAUAAAAUGGCAUCCGGUGAUGUGAUCGUGGAGAUUAAUGGGUUGUGCGUCCUGGGGAAGACACAUCCGGAGGUGGUGCAGAUGUUCCAGUCCAUUCCCGUGAACCAAUACGUGGACAUGGUCCUCUGCCGUGGCUAUGCACUUCCCCCAGACGUGGAUGUAGACAGCGACGACCCUCUCCCCCCGCCGCCUCCACCGGCCAACCGCCCGACGCAAGCGUUACAUGGAGGUGAAGUGGUGACGGCUGUGCCACUCAUCAACGGGCAGCCGCUCUUGGUCAAAGGCGACGUCCUGCACGGCUCCUCCCAGGAGCUCCACUAUGUCACCACCGACUCCAGCGGGCGGCCAGUUGUCGCUGCCCUGCCCAAUGGAAGGCAGGGCGAGUCGGCCACCGGGAUGCUGCACCCAGAGCUGGUGAGUGUGCCGCUGAUCAAAGGGCCAGGCGGAUUCGGCUUCGCCAUCGCCGACUGCCCGCUGGGCCAGAAGGUCAAGAUGAUCCUGGACGCCCAGUGGUGCCGUGACCUUCAGAAAGGGGAUGUCAUCAAGGAGAUCAACAGGGAGAAUGUGCAAACAUUGAGCCACGCGCAGGUGGUAGACAUCCUCAAAGACUUUCCUGUGGGGAGUGAAGUCGACGUGCUUGUGCUGCGUGGAGGUCAAACGUCGCCUGUGAAGAGUCUCAAGCCUAGGCCGGACAUGACGGCUAGCACGGAGACGAUGGAUGCCAUUGGCGAUUCAGUUCCCCAGGCGCUGCCUUACCACUCCAACACGAGCACCCUGCGCGCCCCCAACGACUCACCAAAGCGGGACGCCACCGAAUUGUACCUGAAAUCCAAAGCUCUGCUGGAGAGCAGACAGCCCCACACCAAAGACAUUGAUGUGUUCCUCAAGAGGGACAUUGAGACAGGCUUCGGCUUCCGCGUUUUGGGGGGAGAAGGUCCUCAGCAGCCAAAUGUGUUCCCCCAGGUGUACAUCGGGGCCAUUGUGCCCAAUGGCGCUGCGGAAAAGGACGGCCGCCUGCGGGCUGGAGAUGAACUCAUCGGCAUCGACGGCGUGAUGGUGAAGGGCCGCUCGCACAAGCAGGUGCUGGACCUCAUGACCAACGCCGCCCGCAACGGUCAAGUCAUGCUGACCGUGCGCAGGAAGGUCAUCUACAGAGAUGCAACAGAUGAGGAGAAUCAGGAAGUGGGAAUGCUGGUGAACGGCUCCCCAAAACUACCUCGGCUGCCCAUGCCCUCCGCCCUGGACCACGAGUCCUUCGACAUCACACUGCACCGCAAAGAGUCAGAGGGUUUCGGAUUUGUCAUCCUCACAUCCAAGAGCAGACCCCCGCACGGAGUCAUACCACAUAAGAUUGGGCGUAUCAUCGAAGGCAGCCCGACAGACCGCUGUGGCCUGCUACACGUUGGGGACCGCAUCUCAGCCGUCAACGGCCACUCCAUCCUGGAGCUCUCACACAAUGACAUCGUCCAGCUCAUCAAGGAGGCCGGCAACGUGGUCACGCUCACUGUGGUCCCCGAGGAUGAGUACAAGGGUCCCCCUUCUGGUGCCAGCUCUGCUAGACAGAGUCCAGCUCUUCAGCACCGAGCUAUCGGACAACGCUCGGCUCUACAGGACGAACGCUACAACCUGGACCUGGAGGACAAACGAGAUGGCAUUUCCUGGCCCGAACACAAAAACAUCCCAGUGGAGCGGGGUGCCCUGUGUGUGACGGGACCCAACCAGGGCUGUCUGACCGUGGAACUGGACAGGAGCCCCAGAGGCUUUGGCUUUAGCCUGCGAGGGGGCACCGAGUACAACAUGGGUCUGUACAUCCUCAGACUGGCUGAGGACGGUCCCGCCGAGCUGGAUGGAAGGAUCCACGUCGGAGACGAGAUCGUGGAGAUCAACGGCGAGCCGGCCAGAGGCAUUUCGCAUACGCGUGCCAUUGAGCUCAUCCAGGCGGGAGGAAGCAAAGUGGCACUGUUGCUCCGACCCGGCGCCGGCCUGACUCAAGAUGGUAGUCAAAAACACGUUUCUCCCUCCAGCUCAACCAGAGAGGUGUUUUUCUCGGACACAUCACCCUUGUCCUCUCCAUACAUCACCGGGGCUUCCAUCCUCGCAUCCAUUCCUCACUCUGGCGGUCCAAAGCACCCCCGCCGCCGGAGUGGCAUCUCCUCGCCACGAGGGCUGCGUAGUUUGAGCUCGGUGGCGGAGCGGGACGAGGGUCGGGACGCUCAGGCCGAGACCACGCCGACGACACCGGGGAGGAUGAAGAGCGGCCCAAAAGCAGGGGGGACUUUACUCGAAGCCAAAGACGAGCCUCGCGGUGCUAGACGGACAAGCAGUCGGGCGCACGUAGCAACUCACAAUGACAACAGGGCGACUCGAGCGCGGUCUGUCAGCCUAGGCGAGGGUGCCCGGUCAAUACACAGACACAAGGACUCCAGAAGCAGUGACAGUAGAGUUGGUCAGAGGUCGGGACGGAGCCUUGACACAGCAAAACAAUCCCACACCUGCAGGGCAAACGAGAGAGGCUCUGCCCACAGAGACGUCAACGGCAAUCAGAGCGCAGAGGACUGGAAGAGACAUAAAGACACCUCCUUCAAAGGUUUUCAUAUCUCGCCAAGGCAGGCAGAACCCGUAUCCUCCAGGACUCCCAGGAGCCCUGUCAGGGGCCCAAACAUUAGCCCCGGAGAAUGGAAAGUACCCAGCCAAGUACGGAUCCUCUCCCAAGCUGAAGUCCUCCGUCACCCUUUUUGUUAGGAUACCGCAAAGAUUUCCGACACUUGUUCUGUACUGAGGGAUUCCAGGAAAAGUGCUACCUGGUGUCGUUUUUGUAAACCUAGGGUGGUCUUUUUCUGGGGAAGUGACGCACUGUUAGCGUGUAGCAGCCCACAGCCCCCCGUCGCCCUGCCUCGUCUCGCUGCUCUCAGACAGGGGGAACAUCUCGCUGUGUGAAUUCGUGCCAAUCGCAUCCGUCCGCCCCAUUAUGCAAGGCAAGGAGGGGAAGUUCAUUGGGGAAUAUUUUUGUAUUUUGCAUGCAGUCAAUCCUUCGUUUUGACACGCAAGACGAUAGUUCUUCGUCGCCCCGCAUUCAACUCCAGACUAUUGACUCUCUUCCAUAGCAUCUAUUCAGAUGACCAGACACUUGUGCUUUUUGACAUCUUGUUUACUGAGCAUACAAAACAAGAGCGAGACUAAGAAUUGACGGGUUUGCUUGGUUUACGACAGGGUUCCUUUCCUAGAACAGCAAUAUAACGCUAAUUACAGUAAACCCAUCUCAAUUGCGGGGUAAUGUUCCAGACCACCCCUGCAAUAAAUGAACUUCACAAUAUCUAAACACCCUACUUAAAUACUUUUAUCGCAUUUACAGCGCUCGUUUUUUUCAGGUCUUUGAACAAACUGAGAAGACCAGCACAUUUAAUCUGUGCUGUAUGUUACACAUACAGUACAUUUGACAAUAAAGUUUAUCCAAUCCAAUCCAAAAACAAAAACACAAAGAGAGAGAGAGAGAGAGAGAGAGAGAGAGAGAGAGAGAGAGAGAGAGAGAGAG